CUGUAGAAUUCUACCAUGGAAAAAUUGAAAGCCCUAACCCUCAAUGAAAAAGAAGAUGUUAACCAAACAACUGCUACCAGCAUUUUAUUCCCAAAUGAAAUCAUUCAAGACAUCCUUUCCAGGCUCCCAAUCAAACCCUUACUCCAAUUCAAAUCAGUAUCCAAACAAUGGCUCUCUCUCAUUUCUCACGACCCUUCUUUCCCCAAACUCCAUUUCUCUCGCUCUCUCGCCACCAACCGCGCUGCUCUUCUCGUCACCGCUUACGAUUACAGGACCGAAAAACGACACUUUCUGUCAGCACCUGUUGAUGGUGGGUCAGUCACUCACCUCAUUGCACUUGACAAUGCUCCUCCUUGUGAUAAGGAACCUACAACAGAGGCUCAACAUCUCAAUGGGAGGCCUUACCCCAAAAUCCGCAAGCUUAGUUUUAUGGAAUGUGUGGACAUGCGUGACAUUACGCCGACUGCUAUCGAGUUUAUGAUUUACUCUUUGUCGACUUAUUCUUGGAGAAAGGUUGAUGUUAAGGAGGAGGACCUUCCUAUUGAUAUUUUUGGCAAGGACUGGUACCUUGGCUCCAUACCUAGUGUUUGUGUCAAUAGUGUUAUACAUAUGAUGCUUGAAAUUCCCAACAAAAUUUUGGCCUUUGAUUUGAUGACAGACAAGUUUUCCACAAUUGACAUUCCUUGGGAUGCUAUUCCCCGAGAAAUUUUGACUACAUGGUUUGAUAGUAGGGGCAUGAGAAAUGUUAAAGCGAAUGAACCUUAUCUCAUGGAUAUCAAUGGUUGUCUAGGCCUUGUUUGUCAUGAUCGUGUAGUGGAAAGAAACAAAAUGUAUCUUUGGAUAUUACAAGACUAUGAAAGUCGUGUUUGGGUUGAAGAAUCUGUUACAUUCACUGAGUCUUGGAGUAAUUUAAGUAAUAUGUACCCAGUAGAUUCUGUUGUUGGUAUGGACAAGGUGCUGUUUUCAAUACGUAGGAUAUCUUUGGAUGAGGUGAUUGUACCCAUAUAUGACAUGAAAACUAAAGGUGUUCAGCUUGUACGAUUCACUCUCAGUCAGGAGUUUUUACGCUCUAAUACAAUGGAGUUUGGUGAAGUUAGGAGUUAUGUUGAAAGCAUCUUGCCUUUAGAGAAGAAUGAGGAAGGACUUCAUGAAGAUGAUAAUUAGGUUCCGUUAUAAAGUGAAGGUUAUCGUGGCAGAAGGUCUUCAAAAGUACGUGCUUCUUAUUAUGCAGGUCAGUUUUGCAGUUAUUUGGUAUUUGUUGGCUGUACUAGUUGAUAUCUGUUCUUUUUAGGUUUAUGAUGUUAUGUUUGUAAUCCUGAACAAAGUCUAACGUUGGUAAAAUGCUUUAUAGUAGCGCUAAGAAAUCUUGGAUUGUCGUAUGCUUUUAAUAGAGUUUUCUUUGAUUAA